UGUAGGCUUGAAUUUAAGCGUAGAAGAAGACAACCGAAAAGUCAUGGCGGCUGACAGUUUGUAAUGAGCCAACGAAAAAUAGUAAAGAUUAUUACAAGUUGGGAUUUCGCAGUUUGAACCAGACCAGGGUUUAAAAUACCAACCGACAAAAUGCUGAUAACUUUGAAGACUUUACAACAACAGACUUUCAAAAUCGAGAUCGAUGAAGAGGAAACGGUGAAAACCUUAAAGGAGAGGAUUGAACAGGAGAAAGGGAAGGACCUUUUUUCAGUUGCAAGCCAGAAACUGAUAUAUGCUGGUAAAAUCCUCAGCGAUGACACAGCUCUCAAAGAGUACAAAAUCGAAGAGAAAAACUUUGUGGUCAUCAUGGUGACAAAGCCUAAAACAGCCUCAGCCACCCCGCUGCCUUCACCUGCUGCUUCGGCUGCCAGCUCCACAGCCCCGACAGCAGCACCCGCCGUCUCAUCGUCAACUGCAGACAAACCCACGGAGAAUCCCUCUGCUGACAGCAAGCCGGAGGAGAAGCCCACCUCUGCAGCUGAAUCCUCUUCCACCCCUGUCGAAAGCUCUGAGGUGUCGACCAACACCAAUUUGAUCAAUGAGGCGGUCUCCACUCUGGUGACGGGCUCAUCGUACGACGCCAUGGUCAACGAGAUGAUGCUCAUGGGCUACGAGAGAGAGCAGGUGGUGGCGGCUCUGAGAGCCAGCUUCAACAAUCCAGACCGCGCCGUGGAAUACCUGCUCUCGGGUAUCCCAGGCAGGGAUCAGAGCCCGCCAACAGGACCGGAUGCAGCGGUUCUUCCAGUGGGCGGAACUCCGGCCGCCCCCACUGCUGGCAUCACUCUUCCUGCCAGCACCGGCUCCUCACCCAGUGCAGGCGGAGGCAAUCCCUUGAGCUUCCUCCGAGGUCAGCCUCAGUUCCACGUCAUGCGGCAGCUGAUCCAGCAGAACGCUGCGCUGCUUCCCGCCCUGCUGCAGGAGAUCGGCCGGGAGAACCCAGAGCUGCUGCAGGAGAUCAGCAACCAUCAAGAGCAGUUCAUUCAGAUGCUGAAUGAGCCUAAUCCAGACCCCGUGCCCGCGGGCGGCGGAGGGGGAGCAGGAGGAGUGGCUGCAGCCGGAGGAGCAGGAGGAGCAGGAGGGAUGGGAGGCGAUACUCCGGGUGGAAGUAGUAUGAGCUACAUCCAGGUCACGCCACAGGAGAAAGAGGCCAUCGAGAGGCUAAAAGCCUUGGGGUUUCCGGAGGGACUUGUUAUACAAGCCUACUUCGCCUGUGAGAAGAACGAGAACCUGGCUGCCAACUUCCUUUUACAACAGAACUUUGACGAUGACUGAAGGAACCAUCUUCGUCGUUUUCACGCUUCUUCUUCCUCCACUUUUUGAUUGCAGAUGUUCAGUAUUUGUGUACAACAGCCCUUUUAAUUUGCAAAGUAUUUUAUUCACCACUUCCACCUUUAAUUCUCUUGGUAACACUGGAUCAUUAUCAGCUACUUGCUGCUGUACAAAAACAGUCUGUUUGUUGACAGGUUAAAAUGGAGGAAUGAUUAAAGUCCAAUGAUUUUGCAUCAGAA